AGGUGCCCUGAGAGUUGUCAAGGUUUUGGUUGUGGAGUAUCCGAGAGGGGAGCAAGGGCGGCUACGGUUGUACAAUGCCGAACAAAACGAAAAAGGACAAGGAGUCUGUUAAGUCUGGCAAAGUGGCAAAGAGUGGAGCACAGGAGAAUUCAGAGCAUGAGCAGAGCUCGAACAGGAAGGCCAGCAACAGUGCUCCUCCCACCACCCAGCUGCUAAAGGGGAAGCAGCCAGGUUCGCAGACACCUGUCAAAAAAGACAAGAGGCAGAGCUCCUCUCGCUUCAGCUUGAGCAACAACAGGGAGCUGCAGAAACUGCCUGCUUUUAAAGACGUUCCCCCCGCGGAGCAGGAGAAGCUGUUCAUCCAGAAGCUGCGUCAGUGCUGCGUCCUAUUCGAUUUUGUCUCCGACCCGCUGAGUGACCUGAAAUGGAAGGAGGUGAAACGGGCAGCGCUGAGCGAGAUGGUGGAGUACAUCACCCACAACAGGAACGUCAUCACCGAGCCCAUCUACCCGGAGGUGGUCCACAUGUUUGCUGUGAAUAUGUUCAGAACGCUGCCGCCGUCGUCCAACCCCACCGGUGCCGAGUUCGACCCAGAGGAAGACGAGCCCACGCUAGAGGCUGCGUGGCCACAUCUACAGCUCGUCUAUGAGUUCUUCCUACGGUUCCUAGAGUCCCCGGACUUCCAACCAAACAUAGCCAAAAAGUAUAUUGACCAGAAGUUUGUAAUGCAGCUCUUAGAGCUGUUCGACAGUGAAGACCCCAGGGAAAGAGAUUUUUUAAAGACCACUCUGCAUCGCAUUUACGGCAAGUUCCUGGGCCUGCGAGCGUACAUUAGGAAGCAGAUUAAUAACAUAUUUUAUAGGUUCAUUUAUGAGACCGAGCAUCAUAACGGAAUAGCAGAAUUACUGGAAAUACUCGGCAGCAUAAUCAAUGGAUUCGCAUUACCGUUGAAGGAAGAGCACAAGAUAUUCCUGCUGAAAGUCCUGCUGCCUUUACACAAAGUCAAGUCUCUUAGCGUUUAUCACCCACAGCUGGCCUACUGUGUGGUACAGUUCUUAGAGAAGGAUAGCACCCUCACAGAGCCGACAGUCAUGGCUUUGUUGAAGUACUGGCCAAAGACCCACAGUCCAAAAGAGGUGAUGUUCCUCAACGAGCUGGAGGAGAUUCUGGACGUCAUCGAGCCCUCGGAGUUUGUCAAAGUCAUGGAGCCGCUCUUCAGGCAGCUGGCCAAGUGUGUGUCGAGCCCACACUUUCAGGUGGCAGAGCGAGCGCUGUACUACUGGAACAAUGAAUACAUCAUGAGCCUGAUCAGCGACAACGCUGCCAAGAUCCUGCCCAUCAUGUUUCCGGCACUUUACCGCAACUCCAAGACCCACUGGAACAAGACAAUCCACGGGUUGAUCUACAACGCCCUGAAACUGUUCAUGGAGAUGAACCAGAAGCUGUUUGAUGACUGCACUCAGCAGUUCAGGGCGGAGAAAAGCAAAGAGAAAGCCAAAUGGAAAGAGAGAGAAGAAGCUUGGCUGAAGAUUGAGAAUCUCGCAAAGUCGAACCCACAGUUUCUGACGUACGUUGACUCGAUAGGAUCAGGCAGUCCGAUGGACAUGGAGACAGACGGGCCGCUGCUAGACGAUGUUAACUUGCUAAAGAAAACCGUAGCGGAGGAAGCCACACAGAUCCAAAAAGAUCAGCGCCGAGAACGCCCGCUGAUGAGGAGGAAAUCGGAGCUGCCCAAAGACAUCUCCACUGUCACGGCCUUGGAGCUGCACCGGAGAGCCGAGGAGAUGUUGACGACGCACGACGGCCACUAGGAGACCGCGCCAGAUCCACCGUAAAACCAGCAGCAUCCACAGAGGAACCACAGGCCCGCCGAAGGCCCAGCACAACCACAGAACUCUGGUAUCUCAGUCCAGCCCAGCACAACCACAGAACUGGAUGGUCCCAGCUCCACCUGACACACAAAAUGUCUACAGCCACACAACUGAAGCCUGGUUUGGGCUUUUCGGGGAGAAGCGGUGCUCGGUCCUUACUGAUCCCCGCCUCCCUCCACCUUACCCCGGUUCCGGUCCAGCAGAGGCGGCGCUGGACGGUCCCGCGUGACCACGACAUGCACCGCUCCCUGAACUUCACCAGAGAUCCCGUCUUGUCGUUUUCUCCUCCCCCCCUCCAGUUUUUCCUCCUCUGUCCUGUCAGUUUGUGUUUCGGCGGCGCUCUGCUGCCCCCUUCUGGUCAUGUUUCUCAGGUGUUCUGUUCUGCGUGUUGAGCUGUCGUCUCUUCUCGCCUCUUCUUUAUAGAUGUCAGGUGCUUGUACAAACAAUAUGAGGCCCCGCCCCCAAACACCACCGAGGACUCAAAACAAAAGCAGAAGGCGUCCGUUGGUGAGGCGGCUCCAGUCGUUUCUAUAGAUUUAGUAUUUUUCUCAUGACAUUUAAACGAGACGGCUGUUUAUAUUUUUCCCUUCAUCGUAGAUCAGGCGCUCUUCUCAGAGUUAAAAACAAAACAAGAAAAACAGCUUCCUGUCUGUGUGACUGUUCUGUUGCUCGCUAUUAUUUCACUUUCCAUCAGCCGUGAAGCUUCAGUUCUGUUUAUGAGGACAGAACCAGCAGAGGAGGCAAAGCAGAGCCCGACCGAUACUGGACUCGUGAGGCCGCUUCAGUACUGACACGACGUGUUCUUUAGUUAUAUCCAAACAUAUAUACACAAAGAGUCUGUGAGAUGAUGUUUAAAUGGCCGGUGUGGUGGACUUUCCAUAAAGUCGCUGUUUGACUCGGCACCGCUCUGCUCAGCUACAUGCGCUGCAGACAGUGAGCUGGACAUGAUAAUGAUAAACUAGUAGUCACAUGAGGAAAGAUUUACUAGAAACUGCAAAAUACCACAAAAAACCGGCUCCAAUAUCACAAAUGUUUACACUGACAGGAGGCGGCUCCUGACUCUUCAGAGGACGACGUCUUUGUCGGGUUGGUUUUGGUUUCUUUCGUGUCAGACUUGAGAGAAUAGUUACGACUUUCCUGAACACUCCUCAGUUUUUCUCUCAGAUGAACAAAUCGUUCUGUCUUUACGUUUUUUUUUUAGCAGUUGGAUAACAGCUUGUUUUGCUGCUUGUUCAACUCUGUGCAGCCUUCAGCGCCACCUUCUGGCGACACGAGGCAGCCCAGUUUAUUUGUGCCAGAAAGCUGAAUGGAAACAAACCGAAUUCUCAUUUUUUUAUUUGUAUUUUUGUUCCCAACCUUUCAAAAGUUUCUGAUUCUAUAUUAUCUACUGAGAGCAUUUCUGUAUUCCCACGAGGAUGCUGUUCUGCAGGAUGCUCUGUUUUCACAGACCGGUGUCGGUGGGGCUCUGACUACAAGCAUUAAAACACAGUUCUGGUCAUCAAACAGAAGUGGCCUGACUGAGGUCCAGGUUCCAGAUGUUCCAUCCUGUGAAGACGUGUGGUGCCAACAUCUCUCCUUCAUUUAGCUCCUUUCUUAAAAAAAGAAAAAAGAAGCUCUUUUUAAAUGUGUAGGCAAUAAGUCAGCACAGAUACCAGUUCAGAUCCGGUCAAGGCCCGGUCUGCUGCGCCGGUUACAUGAGAGGGGGAUUGUGGGAUUUAUUUUUAGUCGCCUGUUUGCGUCCAGCCGUCGUAGGAGCGCGUCUAACGUGGUCAUUAGCAUUCAGCACAAAUCGCUGCCAUUCAUGUGAGGCUUACGAGAGUUUAGAGAGACGUCUGGGAUCCACGCAGCGGUACCGUGAGUCCAAACACGGGCCCGUCCAUCGAGGACUUCCUGCUCUGCUCAAGCAAGCGAGACCCUUUUGUUUGUGAAACACUUGGUAGAGAGUAGAUUGCUUCAUAGAGGAGCUAUGUUUGGUUUGAAGAGGUCAAACAUGAGCCUUUCUUUUCACAGUGCCUUUUGUAGUCUAAAGGGGACGUUUGCUCAGCUGAGAAUCGAGCAGCAGCGCGAAAGAAGAAAAAACGCCGGAUAGUUAGAAAAGACGAAGACGCGUUCAGGUGCAGCCGCUCGGACACAUGCCUUGUUGUUGUCGGUAGAGCUGGAGGCAGCGUGCUCGCCCCAAACCACUUCAGCGAUGAAGCACUUCCUGAUAAAACUUGAAAGAAAAAUAGAAACACAACUGAAAAAAAGAAAACAACAACAAACUAGUAAAAGAAUUGAAAUCCGUGAUGCUGUCUGUCUGGGUGUGUGUGUCGGUGGAGGCGUGUCACCUCCAUUUAAAGCCCCGCUGUCCCAUUCCACUUCUUCUUUCUUUUCUCUGAUUGUACCAUUGUUUGGCCCCUCUGACCUGCACACCUGCUUCGGUUAAAGGUGGAGUCUGCGAUGCUAGCCCCAAACAUCUCCUCAGUCUUCUCUGUGAAGGCUGAAAACAGUAAAGCUUGGGGGGGAGAUGCUUGUUUGUGUGACGGUAAAUUCUACCUAAUUGCAGACUCCUCCUGCCUCGGUUCUGUUCGAUCUGCUUCUGGAUGCUUGCAGAGUUCUGUUUGUCGUGGUUUUCGUUCUCCCCCGUUUUGCCUGCAGAACUCUUUGUCAGUGUUUCAACUGAAUGUGCAAACUGUAAAUAAGACUGCAGCCACGCUGUCCGUUGCUCUCCACGUUGGUCUUGAAGAACAACAGUCACCGGAGAGUUCUGUGUUUUCUGGUUUCUACUUGAUGAAGGACGAGCGAUUCCAUCCUCCCGAGUCAUCUGGCGACUGCUGUUCUUCUCUCAAUGGCUUUAACUUCGGCUUCUCUGGAGCUCUCGUCUUCAUUUUACAUAAGCUUUGUUUUCUUUUUCUUUAAAAUAAAAAACAACAACAUAGAGUCAUUAUUGCAAGUGUCCUUUAGUAUACGUCUCAUACUAAAUGGCUUCAUUGAUAUUGUACAUAUGAUGUACUUUUUGUGUUAUUAUUAAAUGGUAGAUUUCAUAUUUUGUACAAACUGUGUACAGAAUCCAGAGGUUCUGAGCAGCUGCAGCAGCAGACGGCUGUACGCGGCUCAGAGUUCAGCACACGGAACUGUUUAGAACCCGCCUAGAGCUCGGAUAGUUUUUUAUCUUUGUAAUCAGACAUCUUCUUUUGUUUUCCACCUCCAGACGUGUGUCGGUCCUACAUACAUGAGCUUUGUGUGUGUGUGCUUUUAUCCAAACCUCCAGUGGUGUACAUCUAUCUAUAUACAGCAAAUAAAGAGAACAUGUGAGUUUUAUAUUUUCAUCCUAAAAAACAAA